AGUUCCGUCUUAAAAAAAUAUAAAAACAAAACAAAAACAAAUAUGGCCGAUGAAGAUGAAAUUGAUAUUUUAGGCGAUUUUUCCUUCAAUUCUUGUUUAGCUCAAAACAAUCAAGGAAUCCCAUCAUCAGAGAAUGAGGAUACAGUUCACCCCCAGUGGCUCCUAGACUCUACCGAGUCCAACUGGUAUGAUAACAGACACGAGUCAAAUACUUCUUCAGGGCCAUCAAGGAUCCUCUCGGGAAAUAGUAGAAGUAGAAAGUCCAGUCAUUCAAUGAAUACUCAUACAACAUGGAAUAAACAAGAAAGAUUACUCUUAAAUAGAGAGAUGUCUAAAUACGGGAGAGAUGUUAAGAAGAUAUCUCAGACAUUAAAAACAAAAUCAGAAGCAGAAAUACAAGCUCUUAUAGAAGCAGAGCAUGGAGUUCAUUUAGAUACUCCCCACUUGGGACUGGACAAGGCCCAUGAGGAACAGGAAGAUAUACCUGCCGUGGUGCAGGAGGAGAUAGUUGCAGACGACACAGCAGACCUGCACGAUAUCAUUGAGAUGGUCACCACCGGCUCCCCCACAAUUGUGCUCCCCAGCAAAAAGAACAUCAACAGGUCAAUAAAUAGUUUGCUAAAGCCGGAGGUUCUGCUGGAUAUCAAGAAAGUCACCACUAGCAUUCUCAUCAACCCAUCAGAAAUAUUCUAUGAUGAUGACCUGAUCAUAGGUUCCACAGAGUCUGUUGAGAUUCUAGAUGGGGACAAUAAGGGAAUUAUCAGUAAGAGAUUGGUAGGGAAUAAGAAAAGUGAUCCAAAACUGAAGCCAAAGGUUGCACAGAAGAUUGGCAACCACCGUAGAAAACACUCAACUCACAACUAUGACAGUGGAGGGGUGACUAAGCCCCGUAACAGGAGUAAGGAUAACAAGAAAUCUCCUUUAAACAGGCAGAGAAAGGACUCUAAUUUAUCUGAAGAUAGCAAGAGUCCUAAGUUACAGAUAGUGUUCAGCUCUGGACAAGCUCUGCCCGUGUCUGAAGGAGAACAAGUGAUAAAAAUUGAGAAGAAAACUGACUCUGAAUCUGAAGGUGAAAUAGACAUUGAUGUGGAUAGUGACAAUGACAGUAGUGGGCCCUGCAAGUCUACCACGGAGCCUCCACUGCGGGCCACAAAGCCUCCUGAUGAGGCCCCAAUUGCUGUGCCUUUAAGCAAGUUUGAACCUAUGCCUAGUAGGAGGCAGAAGAAAAUAAAUUUGGACGGCGAGGGCGGCUACACAAUAAUGCACACGGCGGGCGGCGACCUGGUGGCGGUGGGCGCCGAGCCGCGACAGCCGCGCAAGCCGCCGCGCGCCGCGCCCGUCAGCCUCAUACAGUGCCGGAUGUACAACGCUGAUCGACCGGCUCCCUACGAAGUCCGCCUCUACGUGUCGACCCUCAUCAGCAUGGACGUGCAAGCUCACGGCUCGCGCGCCGAGGUGAUGGGGCUGCUGGGGGGCGAGGCGGGGGCGGGGGUGGUGACGCUGCGCGCCUACCGCCCCGCCGCCGCCGCCGCCGGGAAGACGCACUGUGAUAUGGAUCCGGUAUCGCAAGCGCUAGCCAGCGAGCACCUCCUAUCUCUCGGGCACACCCCGCUCGGCUGGCACCACUCGCACCCCGCCUUCCCGCCGGCGCCCUCCGCGCGCGACCUGCGCACUCAGGCGGCGCUACAGCGAGCGUUAGAGAGGCCCAGAGUGCCGUUCCUAGGGCUGAUUACCUCGCAGCACUGGCCUACUGGGCGCACGGCUUCGCAGUAUAGAUGCAUCCGCGUAGAAACAACCGAGGACGGCUCCGAAGCGGGCUUCCAGCUGAGCGUAAAGCUAGUCCCGGACCUGACAGUAGACUCACUUCCGGGCUUCCUGCGCGAGCUGCGGGCGAGCGUGGACGGCGACCGGACCGAGUUCAGCGUGCGCAUGGCCGCUGAUGUGUGUCCGCAGGCCGGUGUCACGUAUUUGGAGAAGUGUAUAUCGAGCGUGUCGCACCACCUCCGCUCGGCGGGCUACUCGGAGGCGCACCCGCUCACCGCCGCGCUGCUGCGGGGGCUGCGCGACGUCUUCAGAUAGACGCUGUGUUGGUGACCAACAUUACCAUAUAGAAACUGUG